UGAUAGUCGGGCAAUCCCUAUCUGCUCUAUACUUCUAAGACUAUGAUUAUUUACGAUUGCCCAAAUUCUAGCGCAUAUUGAUUGGUAUUCAUUCUCGCUCUUUUGCAAUUUCAACCACACUGGCUUCACUCCGGCUCCUUAGAAGGCCGACCGCCAGCGCCUCUCCACGAGUUGGCUUCACGUCGAUAUCUCCAUCUACGACCAUUCUUCCUUGCAUCCUACGCCUCCGGAAUAUCCGUUCCAUAAUCUCCAAAUCAUACAGACGAACUCAUCGAUCAAUCCUCACAUCUAAAAGUCUACUCGAAGCAAGGCAUCUCCUCGCCGUUCCUCGCGUCGUUGAUCCCGCAUUCAGUUACAAGUACAUUUUCUACGACGAUCAAGACAACCCAAGCAAGGGCUUCACUUCACAACCAUCGGUAGACCAAAUCAAUCCCAUGAAGUUCUACUAUCAAGUGGUGACUACGCCGACGGCCGACACCCCGGGCAGCGCUGUCGUCCUCAACUUUCCCGAUAAACGCUACCUCUUUGGUCAGAUCGCCGAAGGCACGCAGCGAGCAUGCGCGGGCACGUCGGUCAAAUUCGGUCUCAUGACCGACAUCUUCCUCACGGGCCGCUUGGAGAUGAGCAACGCGGGAGGGCUGUUCGGCGUCAUCCUCACGCUGGCCGAUGGACUGGCCAGCGCCGCAGCCAAUUUUUCGGAGAAGCAGAAAAAGACAGAGAACGAGGAGCGGAAGCAGAAGCAGGACCUCGCUCAGGGGGGCAAGGGAGACGAACUGCCUAUUCCAAGACCGGGAAGCAAGCGGGUCGCGCAGAGAGGGACCCUGACGAUUCACGGCGGGAAAAAUCUCACGCACCUGAUGGCCACUGCGCGCAAGUUCAUCUUCCGCAAGGGUCUACCCAUGUAUAUGCAAGAACAUGAUGGGGACAGCCUGGCUGGACAGCGUGGGAGUCCCCCCGACCCAUACGAACAACCGACGUGGUCAGAUCAGAAUAUCAAGGUCUGGGUCAUGGCCGUGAGCCCUGAGUCUCAUUCCCGAUCCAAGGGCAAGCGCACAAGGAAGCGCAGCCACGAGGAGUUUCGCGAGGAGGACACAGCUGAGGUCGAGGAGAAGAAUGCUGCAGCGCUAGCCGAUCAGGUUAUCAGACAAAACGUGGUGUCGAACAUGUUCAAUUCGACAUGGACGCUGGAUGCGUUACAGGAACUUAAGUUGGCAGAUGUGCAGAUGCCCGCGAUCAUUUUUGUUAGGGACCCGAAAACCAAGGAUUUGCAACGGUACACCGGCCCGGCUCCUGGGGGCAGCAUGCCGCUUCCUGACAUAACCGUUCUGGUGCGCAAGCCUUGGCCUGGUGCCAACGUGGAGAGGAUUCCUCCCGCGUCUUGGAACGAAGACGCCAUCUCUUACAUCGUCCGGAACCAUAACAUCAGAGGGAAGUUCGACCCUCUCAAGGCUCAGGCUUUGAAGGUCCGUAAAGGCCCCGAUUACGCCAAGCUGACUAGAGGUGAAAGCGUUCUCUCAGAGGAUGGUCAAACUAUCACGCCGGAUAUGGUUCUUGAUGAGGAAAAAAUUGGCAAAGGUGUCGCAAUCAUAGAUUUGCCUUCGCCAGCUUAUGUGGAGAACCUGGUCAACCGCCCUGAGUGGGACUCACCUACGGCGGCCUUGAAUCUGGAAGCCUUCAUCUGGAUCCUAGGCCCCGGUGUGGGAGAUCACCCCAAGCUUCGAGAAUUCGUUGCGAAGAUGUCGCACUGCACGCAUACGGUCUCCAGUCCCGAUUACUGUCCCGAUCACCUGGCCAUGAAAGAGGUUGCCAAGUCGACGGCGCAGAUGGCCAUGGUCAGGCCCGACAACUAUGCCCUGCCUGUCUAUGACAAUGUGACUGUUCCACAAUCCAGGCUCUUCAAUGAAGCCGUGGUCUCAUCGAACGAAUGUGCCCCCUUGCGACCUCUAGAGCCGGGCAUGAUUAUCAACAUGGAACCCACUUUCGGGGUCGAUGAAUCUGAAGUUACUCCUCGAUACGAUCCCAGAAAUGCGAAGGAAAAGUUGCCGAAGGACGUUGAGACUCGAAUGAAGGUUAUAUCUGGGCAGGAAGAAACUCCCGAGUUCCAGGAUAAUCUGGCAGCAUUCCGACAGGACCUUCCCGGCGCUGACGUCGAAAUCAUCACUCUGGGAACUGGAUCAUCUGUACCAUCCAAGCAUCGAAAUGUCUCCAGCACGCUCGUUCACGCACCAGGCAAUGGUUAUUACUUACUCGACUGCGGCGAGGGCACUCUUGGACAGCUCAAGCGCGUCUUCGGACCUGAGGCAUUGCGCGAAGUUUUCCAGAAUAUGCGGAUGAUUUGGAUCAGUCAUCUCCACGCUGACCACCACCUUGGUAUUGCAAAUGUGAUCAAGGCCUGGUAUCAGGCAAAUUAUCCCAAUGGUUUGUCACGGACCGACGUGAUCGAGCAAGACAUGCCCACGAUUCUACGGGAUAAGCGCCUGUUCGUUGUAUGCGAGCAAAUGAUGACUACUUGGCUCGAGGAAUAUGCCAGUGUCGAGGAUUACGGUUUCCAGAAGGUGACGGCCCUGAGCGCUAUUCCCCAACAGGUCAGAGGUGGUACUUUUGAGACAUCAUUUGAGUAUCGCCACUGUCGCGCCGACGGUACCUUCCCUGGGCAAAUGGAGGCGGGAUCUCGACCCAUGACAACCACGCUCCGAUUCCAGGAUGAUUCGGACCCCCUCUCGGCUCUUCUCCGUGAGGCCAUCGGCCUUUCUGACAUCUUGCCCUGCCGAGUCCAACACUGCCGUGGAUCCAUGGCUGUGACCCUUGUGUACCCCGAUGGCUUCAAGCUCUCCUUCUCCGGUGACUGUCGUCCUUCGUGGAACUUUGCAGCUACAGGCCGCGGCUCGACGGUUCUCAUCCACGAAGCCACUUUUCAGAACGACAUGGCGGGUAGCGCUAUCGCUAAGAAACACUCCACAUACGCCGAAGCCUUGGAAGUCGCGCGUCAGAUGCAAGCCCGGGCCCUGCUCCUCACCCAUUUCAGCCAACGCUAUCAGGGAAAUGUCGCAAUGAAGAACGACCACACUUCACAAGAGGCCAAGGGCGGACCAGGUUCGAACAGCUCUGCCAACCUGCGAACCAAGGAUGUCCCUGACGACGAGGAAGGGCUGGCUGAGGAGAGCAACCCCCAGCUCGAGGGCGCGAACGAAGACACCGGCGGCGUGAUUACUGCCACGCCCCGCGCCCAGUACAACGGGCCCUACGUCAACGCCUUUGACUAUAUGCGUGUCCGUGUCGGUGAUUUCCCCAUCCUCCAAGCAUAUGUACCCGCCAUGGAGAAGCUGUUUGCGAUCCUGGAGGAAGCUUCAGCGGCCUCUGGGGAGAAGGCGCAACAGCAGAACGCGACAAAGAAACAGAAUUCGAAGUCGAAGCUGGCUAACAAGAAUACUGAAAAGACUGGGAAGGCUGGAAAAGCUGGGAAGGUUGCAAACUCUGGAAACACCAAGAAAGUUGAAGGCAAGGAACGAGUUGAGAAGGCUGCCAGCCGUUCUCCCAAGGCUUCCGCCUCCUCGGCUGCUGAUAAGGUGGAGGUGGUCGCAGAAGUUGGAAACCCUGUAAUCAUAAGAAGAGUUGGGAUAAGAGUUGAGAAAGCUGUCAGCCGUGCCCCGACGGCUUCGGCCUCCUCAGCCGACGAGAUGGAGCUGGCUGUAGAUGCCAGCAUUGAACGAGCUGAAAGGGCCGCGGAACGAGCUGAAAAGGCUGCCGAAAGAGCCGAAAGGGCUGCUGGACAUGUCGCUCGGCGCGCGGCCAAAGCUUCCUCCCUCCCAACCGACGAGUCCGAUGAGGAUCGCAAUGCUAAAAGACCUAUCUGGGCUGAAAAGCGCGCUGCCAGACGCGCUGCCAGAGCUUCCGCCUCCGCUUCCUCCGCUGACGAGAUGGAAGUAGACACCGAAGCAGGAAACCCCAGAAAAGGAUCUCGCAGCCCCAAAAGAGCUACCUCCAAACGUGCUGGCAGGGCUUCCGCCUCCUCGGGCUCCGAGACGGACAAGGAUGCCAAAAAGCCCAGGGCGCGUUCGAGGAGGUCGAGGUCGCGUGCUAGUGGGGUCGAGAGCGAGUGAGUCCUGGGCGGUGUUGAGGGAGAUGCCAAUAUCACUCCUAGGGCUAAAGGCAUCGAGUGCGUGAAGAGUGUUUUGUUGAUAGGUGCGGGCUCGGGUGUUUUGUGGGUAUGGGUUGGGCUUUGGAAAGGGGAAAGUAGAAGUUAUUCUUAUAGAUACCAGGUCUCGUUGGAGGUGUACAUAGUUCACCUUGUAUAUAGUAUUGUAAAUUGAGACAAAAAGUCGG